AUGAGUAGCUUCGGAGCGGAAGAAGAACUACCAUUGCAAGGAUGCAUUGUGAAAAUACCUUUAAUCAUUGAAAAUGAAAGUGCAUCUGCAACAUUAUCUCAAAGUUUUCUUUGGACACACGUUACCAGAGCCGACUAUGAACCAAGCGCAGAUCCCAACUUUAUUAAUAUCUCGCUAGUGUCAAUUUGGGAAGAAGGGUACUAUCACACAACCAUCAAAAAGCAAAAUAUUUACAACAUAUUUGAGAAUUCGACCUCAAGGAAGGUAAAUAUUGAUCGCAACAGCACUUACGACGUAUUUACCGACUUGUUCCCAUUGGAUUUGGAUACGUUUUUGGAAAGUGAAGGCAAGGAUGGUGUACACAAACAGCUUCUACUAAGUGCCAAAGUGAAUGUUCCUGAGAGCAGUUUCAAGAAAGGAGAAGGGCUCAAUCCAGAUACAUUACAAAUUCAGAUAAAGAGCACAGGGACAUUCAACCCAACCGUGGGAAAGUUUGAUUUGAAUUCAGUGGAUUUUGAAUCUUCAGAGAAUUUGAAAGAUGAGGGUAAUCUAUUCAAUUGGAUGCAGUUGUUUGAAAGCCAGAACAAGGAGCUCGUAAAACGAUUGAUUCAAGCUAACGCCGAGAACGAUCGACUACAAACAGAUAAUACUCUUUUGCAACGGGGAAUUGAGCAAACGAAAAAGGAUUGCGACGAGAUUAUUACAGAUUUGGAGUCCAAGUUUUAUCAGGAGAUGAAUUUGAAGAAGGAUGUUAUUUUUGAAUUGUCAAAGAAUGAACUACCGAAAACUGAAUUGCUCGGGUUGAAUGCCACCUUCUUAGCUCAUACAGUGGAGAAGGAAAAUGCCAGAAAUGAAAAUAAGAAGAAGGGGGCCCGAGGGAAGCGUGUAAAGCAGGAAAAUGAAACAAGGUCAAAGAGGCGAAAGAUCAAACGAAAAAAAGUUGACAGUGUGGAGGAGGGGUCCGACUUCAGAAACGACACUGAUUACACCGAUGUGGAGCAUGCAGAUGAAAACGCUGGGGAGGUGAUGAAUAUCAAGGUGAAAAAGGAGCCAGAGCAAAUUGAGAAACCAAGACGAUACAAUUUGAGAAGCCAGUCGAAUACAAGAGUGAAGAAAGAGCCAGAGUAUGGGAAUCAAGCAGAAUCUCCCAGACUGGAAUCCAAUUUUGUUCCACAUGUAAAGAAAGAACCCUGCACACAAAUCACUCCCAAAUCUCCUGAGUUGAAAGAUGAUUCCAAUCCCAUCACUGUGAAGUCGGAUCCAGAUGUUAACAGUACACCAUUCAGCCCAGACUCUUUUACAUUUAGCAGUGAAAAUUCGCAAGACAAUUUGAAAGUGGAGAGCUUAUUAUGGAGAUCGCGAAAUCCUUCUUUGAAUAUAGAAAGGGAUCGAGACAUAUUCAACAAAGCAGUGCGACUAGGUACUCAUGGAAAAGAUGAUGUUGAUAAGGAUGAGGAAGUGGACGAGGAGAACGAUAACGGAACGGGAUGUCAAGAGACAGACGAACAAACUGUAUAUAGUUCGGAUGGCAACGGUGGCUCAUCAGAUCAAGACCAAAAACUGGAAAAUGAGCGUGAAGAUGGAGACAAAGGGAAUGACGAAGUGGAAUACGCUAAGAAUGCCACUGACUCCAAAAGCCAAACUGAGAAAGGGUCUUUCAUUGAAGAUAGUCUUCGUAGCGUCACUUCAGAAUCCAAACGCAAAGCAACUGACGAGUCCCAAAAUAGAACAGACUACUCAGACGAUGAAACUAAAAAGAAGAAGGAUAAUGACAAAACAAAGAGUCAACAAGCUGCAAGCCAAGCUGACGUAGAGACGGAUUACAGCGACGAUGACGAUGACGAUGACGAUGACGAUGAGUAG